AUGCCUCCAGACUCAAAACGAAGCAGAGACGGCACCAAGUCAGAUACAGAGAAAUCAAGUUCUGGUAAACUGUCUUCUUCGAGAUCGUCAUCAUCUGGAUCUUCCCCUUCUAGGUCCUCAAAAUCGCUUGGACAUGACAACUUUCUUAAAUCGCAUGCUGGAUACCUGAGAUCUCCAAUUAUAUCACUAUCAAUCACUUUAUCACUUUCACCUCUCACCAGUUCCCUCAUUUUCACGCUUAUCUUCAUAACGCUUCAUCUUUUCUUACCGUUAUUUCUUGUUCCUCAUGUGUCGGCCUUCAUAACGCUUUUCAUACCAAUACAGAAUACGAUCAAUGCCAUUCUGCUGGAAAAGAAGGGCAAGAAGUCUGAUUCACCACAAUGGGCACUAUAUUGGAUAAUAUACUGCCUACUAGGUUGGAUGAGAGGAUAUGUCGGGCUAUGGGCACCCAAUACAAGAGGAAUAUAUGAAAUUGCGCGCAGUGGAAUAUUGGUUGUUGUGGGCGGACCAUGGUUUGGAAGAGAAGGAUUAAGACCUGAUUUACGUAUACCAUCGAAGAAGUUAAGUUCAGGCAAUAAGAAGGCAAGUGAACGGGAAGAACACAGACGACAGAAAAGGUAA